CCAGGGUAUGGGCACACUUCAGUUCAUUGGCUGGCUCAAGCAUCACUUGGACAGACGAACCUUUGAGGGCUGCGUCUGGGUGAACAAGGAGCAGCAAGUAUUUAAAAUCUUAUGGCCUCGUGCAGACAAGAAUCUGACCCCAGACAAAUUGGGUGUCAUGUUUAAGUGGUGGACACAUAAGUUUGGCAAUACAAGAAAUCACAAUCAACCGACUGCCAUCAAAGGAAACUUCAGAUCUUGUCUGAACAGUAAGGUUCAAAGCAAAGAAAUAAAGAAGCUGAAGAACAUGGACGAUAGGAGUGAUGCUGACGAUUGGAAAGUCUUCCAGUUUACAGAGAACUUGAAGGAUAACAGGAAUACUUCGGGUUACACCAAACGUCGACAGAACAAGCACUCGAUGGUACCUGAACCAAAUGACAGUGACCUAGACAAGGAUAAAGACACAGCCCCCUAUGAUCCCGGAGAGUUUUUUGCAGAUGACUCGAUCAGAGCGGAGCAUGACGAUGUGAAGCAGAAAACUAGGCCUUGGGUUGUUACUCUCACGGCAUACGCUAAACAGAGAACAAAGCUAUGGGAAUAUACCUACAACUUCGCAAGAGAGGAUAUGGGAACCAGGAAAGUUCACGUUUAUGUGAAAGGAGAACCAAGGAAGACUAAAAUUUUGCCGAUGUAUUUCAAAAAGUACAUCCCGUCACUGGAUUUCAAUACUGUAAAUAACGACAGCUCUAUAGACCCAAACUCUCAUGAAUUUCUGAAGAAAGAAUUCUCUGAUGCAACUAACCCUCAGAAGGUUUUCACACUGCAAGAUACAUUUUGUCCUGGGUUUAUAUUCGAGGUGGACAGAAGUUUCAACAUCUUUAUAACCAGGCUGAGUCAGUCGAGAUUGUAUUUCGGGCAUCACGGCGAGCAGAACCAAUGGCAGAAGUUAGAGAAAGUAAAGAAUGAUCAGAGUUAUAACGAGACAGAGGAACACAAGGAUGGGGUCAAACAGAUGGUAUUUUCUUACAAGAAGUUCCUGCACAGUGCCAAAGUUUACGAUACGUGGCUUCAACACGGCAAGCCGGCUAUGGACCUGAUAGACUACAGGGUGCUGAUGCCUGUAGACACUACCCCCAGAAUGGGGAUGGGUUGUGACGGCGACUGUAACUUCUACUUCGAGAUAGAGCACCAUCCAGCAAAAAAUAUCUUCCAGACUAUAAGGCGACGAGAAGAGGGAAAGGGAAACCAAAUCUUUAUAAGCGAGGACCCGUUCGCGGACGACUUUGCUAACCUGGCACUGCAAGAUGAACCUAAACAAAGCCCCGCUGAGUACGUGCCGGACCCGUGUGAAUUACCCCCCGGUGUGGUUAUAAAAACCCAGCCUGUAGCACCGCCUCCCUACAACGAGUCCCAAGUGUACGUGAACACCCACGCUGGUCAGUACGGACCAGGUCCGUUCGAUAAUCCGGGACCUAACGUGUGGUCACCGCACCAGCAGCAACAGUUCAACAUCACACCACAGCAGUUUUCUAGCUCUGUUCCUCACCAACAGAGGGUACCUCAGCCCGAUAUAGAGCAGUUAAUGCAAGAUAAAUUAACCGCAGAAGGGCACUACCACGCCGGUCACCUGCCUGCCUCCCCAAUGCAAGCCCAGGGGACUGACCAGUACCCAGGGGGUUACGGACACCAGCAGUUCAUGCAGGAGAUGGACCAGAGUGGCGUUCAGAGCUGUGAGAGCAGCUGGAGUGAGACUGGCAGUGAUUUUACUGUCACUAAUCCGCACAGUCCUUAUAUGGCGGACAUUUCGUGCGAUCAAGAUUUCUGCCUUCGAACGCCGGACUGCCUUUGCUUGAGCUGUUUGACCAGACGAGGAGGGCUUUAGAUGUUCCGGAUAAUAUCUCUGGUAUCUGGAUAAUAUCUCUGGUAUUCUGGAUUAUAAUACAUCUUUGUGUCUUUGAUAAUAUUCAUGAUAUUAUCUCAGAUUACGUCACUGAUUAUACCUCUAAUUAUACCUGUUUAAUGUUUAUGGACCAAUUACAAAAAGUAUAAGUUUUUGGUUUCUUCAGAGUACAUCAUAAACUAUUAUAUAUAUUCCGAAUCGUUUCAAUUAUUUUACCCCCUUUCGUAAUGAGUUUUACACGUCAUAUUAGACGUAAUCAUUUAGAACCCCCUCCCUCCCCCUUGGCUUUACUUAUUAAUGUGUGAACAACCCCUCAUACUGCAGGGUUCAUGGCUAGCAGCUCAGCCGAGAAGCUAACUUUAGCAUUAAUUAUCGAUGUUAUAGAUGUGGAUUCUGGAGUUUGAUUAAAGGCUGAUAAUUGGUUAAUUGCUCUUACGCACCAGAAUCCACCAGCCACCUGAUCAUGCAAUCCUGUUUUUGAAUUGUGGUGGGAACAUCACAUUACUGAUCUUGGAACUGUGAUAUUACCACAGUUAGUAUUAUUAAGAUAUGUAAUUAUAUAUAUUAUUAACCAGCAGCAGUUUGAAUUUUAAAUGUCAGUGUUUGUGAAUCCGAGCCCUUCCCACUCUUUGAAUAAUAAAAUUAUCUCCUCUAGUCUUAUAAUAUCUUGUUGUUACGUUAAGGUAGUGUUUAAUCUAAAUUAUCCUCUUUCGUUGUUAUACAAAUGGUACACAUUGAUGAUUAUAACUAGUUGUGUUGCAACAUUUGAACCAAUCAGAGGGCUGGCUCAGUGCCACGUGAUGCUGGCUCAGUGCCACGUGAUGCUGGCUCAGUGCCACGUGUUACUGGCUCAGUGCCACGUGAUCAGAUUAUAUGCAGUUUUGUGCACUGAGGCACAGAGGUAAUCACUAGUAAUCACUGGAGUGAGGUUUUGCAGCUCUGUUUCAGCCGAGAUGUUAGCUGGGUAGUAACAAUGAUAAAUUUGUUUGAGUUAUUUUAAAUUUAUUACACGACUGUUAGUAUUAAUGAGCACUGCAGACUGAACUAUUGGCUGGCAGACUUGAGGGGACCACGUGUGAUCUGUCGCUGAAACAAUUGACCGAGUAAGGAGUUUUUAGAGUUUUUAGUUGAGUUUUGUGGUGUUUAAAGUGUUCGAAUAGUCGUGUGAUUUAACUUAUAGGGGACCGUGUUACGACAGCGAAAUGACCAAUUUCUGUGAAAAAUUUUAAACAAUUAGUUACAUUUUUAUUUAUUUUCGAUGAAAUGACUGUUUCAAUAAAAGGUUCAUUUUGCCGUCAAAGCAGGGUUAAGUUCAUCCAAACGGCUUUCAGUUUUAAAGAUUGUUAGUCUUUUGUCUGUAUCUUUGAUCUUAUCCCUAUUAAUGGGACGUUUUAGAACUUAAUCGUUCACAUUACACAGCUUUUAAAGUUAUUAAUGAACACUCAGAAAUCGCACACAUAUUACUUUAUUUUUUAAUUUAUUCGUGUAGAUCAUUCAUAUCUCAUGAUCUCAACAACUAUUUUUAAAAGAAAAACAUACAUUCUUUUAAGAUGCCAAAACUGUUCUAUUUUUGUAACCAUUUCAGUUUCCUCUACUGUUAGGUCAGGAUAUUAUGUCCACCAAACUUUAAAAGUUUUAAUUCUCUCUUGUA